AGGAGGUACACCGACUCUCUCUUCAUCCCUUGGGGCCAAGCUCUCUCUGUUACUCAGUUGUGUCCGACUCCAAAAGAAGGUGGUUGGUCGGUGCGGCGUGCGAACUGUAAGAACCGGGCUGUCAUUAUUAUUUAACUUGACAGUCCGGUUUUUUUGGACCAAAUCCACGUAAGUCUUCAAUAAACUGCUUCAACAAACGAAUAUACCAUUUUGACUGCAUUUUCUUGCGUGUUUUCCUCUGUUUUAUAUAUACGUAUCUGGGUUCGCUUCUGUUCUGUUCAAACACAAAAGCUACCCAAAGUCAUUUCUUUAAUUUGUUGUUGUGCAGGUGUUUGAGUGAUUUGAUUGUUUUCUGUUAGUAUUCUAUGUGCAUUGCUUGAUUUUCUUAUGAGAGUUGAAAGGUUUUGUUUUGAAAUUCCAAUAUGGGUUCCUUGUCUGGAAUCCUUCAACGACCUCUAAUUGCAGCGGCCGCGGUUGGUGUUGCGUCUGUUUCUGCUGACAUCUCAGAUAAAUUCGAGUGUUUUAGAUCAUCAGGCACGUGUUCUUCAUCCAAACAAGUUGAUCCUUCUUAUUUAGAUUCACCUUCAGCUUCAUCAUGGGUAUCUCAUAUAUCUGUUUCCAAGCUUUCAAACUUUGCCUUUGUUACUAGGGUCCGAGUACCCGUGCCUAACAUUAGUUUCGGGGUUCCCAAUUCGGGCCAUAAUACUUUAUGUUUUUCUGUGGCUUCUUCUCCUGUUCUUGUUAAUCUGUAUCAGUCUGCCGAAUUGGCUAAAGCAUCAAAGCCAAGUACUGUUGCAAGUGCUAUUCCUACCUCUUCUCCUGAUGUAUUAUAUAGAUGGCAUUUACCGGAACCUAAUGCCAUUGAUAUUUCUGGGACUUCUGAGUGUUCCAUGGCGAAGUCUAGGACGGUAGUGGUUUUGCUGGGGUGGUUGGGAGCAAAGCAGAAGCAUCUUCAGAGAUAUGCAGAGUGGUAUACUUCAAAGGGUUAUCAUGUCAUUACCUUUACUUUUCCAAUGGCUGAGAUUCUCAGUUACAAAAUUGGUGGAAAGGCUGAACAGAACAUUGAAUUGCUUGUGAACCAUUUGGCUGGUUGGUUGGAAGAUGAAGGAAAGAAUCUUGUUUUCCACACCUUUAGCAACACUGGAUGGUUAACAUAUGGAGCUAUUCUUGAGAAGUUUCAGAGUCAGGAUCCUUCUUUAAUGGGAAGGAUUAAAGGUUGCAUUGUAGAUUCUGCACCUGUUGCAGCUCCUGAUCCUCAGGUAUGGGCUUCAGGUUUCUCAGCAGCAUUUCUUAAAAAGCAUAGUGUUGCAACAAAAGGAGUUGUUAGCAUGAACGAAUCAAGUACAGAAAUUUUAGUUGGUAGAAAAGCAAUUGGAGAGCCCAAACCUGCAGUUACUGAAACAGCUUUGCUUUUAGUCCUAGAGAAGUUCUUUGAGGUGGUUUUGCAUCUUCCUACAGUGAACAGGAGGCUUUCUGAUGUGCUAGGCUUAUUGUCAUCAGGGCAACCAAGCUGUCCUCAAUUAUAUAUUUAUAGCUCAGCAGACAGAGUCAUUCCUGCAGAUUCUGUAGAGUCGUUUAUAGAAAAGCAGCGGAAGGCUGGGCGUGAGGUUAGGGCUUGCAACUUUGUCUCGACACCUCAUGUCGAUCAUUUUAGAAAUGAUCCAAAACUAUAUACUACACAGCUCAAUCAAUUUUUGGAGGAUUGUGUGGUUACUUGUUGCAAGCGUUCUUGAAUGAAGCUGUGAAUCCUCUGACUACGACUUUAAUUCUUUCAUCCCUUAAAAUUUUAUACUUAUACAUCGUUAUAGCAAUUCUUCGUUGACUUAUCGAAUCCGGCAAGAAUAAGGGCCGUUCAUUGUAUUCUUUUGUUUUACUUUUUACUCAUUAUAAAAUUCUGCGAAGUUGUAAACACCAGUCGAUACUGCUGUAAUUUAUUCUUUCCCAAAUAAAAAUUUUAAG